AUGGCGUCGCUUCGUGACCUUUUCAAAUUUGAGCGUGGCCUUUUCGACUCACUCGCCAAUUUGGAAGAUUUUGUGGAAAAUUUCGAUGCGAAACGAGACGCGGCCAGGGUUGAAUCUCGUCUGGAGCGACUGGAAACGGUUUUCAAGGAUUUUAUGGAAAAUCGUGCCAGACUUGAGUCGAAGCAUGAACAAGAUUUGAGUUCGGCCAGCGAACCCAAAGACCCCGAAGCAAAGGAGAAGAAGCAGCAAGCACGAGAAACAAACAAGGUUACCAGAUUGGAUUUCGAAAAUCGUUAUUUGGACCUCAAGGACUUUCUGGUCUCGAAGCGUGUUAAACCGACUGCUGAAGCUUCUUCCCUUGCCCCUCCGCCCUGCCAACCCCUGUCCUCUCGAUUUCAACUCCCUAGUUUCAAAAUCCAAUCCUUUGACGGUGAUCUAACUAAAUGGAUGAGCUUUCGUGACGCGUUCAAAAGUGUGAUCGAUAAGGACCCGUCGCUGUCAGGUGUGGAUAAGCUGAAUUACCUUCGCUCGUUGGUUCAGCUUGGUGCCAGUACAAUUGUGGAAGGAGUGGAUGUGAAGGAGACUAACUUUGAUGUCGCGUGGGACCUGCUGACGCUGCGGUACGAGAACAAUAAGCUCAUCUCCCGCGCGCUGAUGGACGACCUGUUGGACACCGAACCGAUCAAACGAGAAUCUUACGAAGCACUAAUCACCCUUAUCGACUCGUUUGAACGCAACCUGAUGCAGCUAAAGAAGCUCGGACUCAAGACGGACGACUGGUCACCCAUACUUGCACAUCUGCUGUAUAGUCGUUUGGAUACGGACACUCAACGCCACUGGGAGAACCACCACAAGUCGCGAGAAGUACCCGAUUACAAGGAGAUGCUCAAAUUUCUUCAAGAUCACCUGACCACGCUUCAGCCACUGGUCAACAAAAAGCCACGUGUGCAGGAGCAUCGCCAGGAAGCUAGCAAACCAACCCCCAAGACGAAGUUCGGUUCGACGCUCACGACAACAACAAGCUCCCAGAUCAAGAGUUGUCCAUUCUGUCAAAAAUCCACCCACUCUCCUUUCAAAUGCGAAUCCUUCCUCAAGUUGAAUCCCUUCCAGAGGUACGAGUUAGCCAAGAAAAUUGGGCUUUGUUUGAAUUGCCUCAAUCCCUUCCAUUUGGCACGGGCUUGUCCUAGCUCAGCAUGUCGCGUUUGUGGUCAGCGACACCACACCAUGCUCCAUCGUCGGUCUACUAACACACCCAACCAGGAGCUCACGUUGUCGCAUUCCACUACAAACGCCCAGUUCCAGACCCAGCCUGGUAGAGUCUCAAAUUCCCAAUCGCAAUCGCAAACCUCCGCUCCGCCUAUGCUACCCUCAACCUCCGAUCAACCCUCGUUGUCGCUAACUGCUUGUACGCCGAACAAUGCCAACGUUGUUUUCCUCUCGACGGCUGUGGUCAAGAUCGCAGACUCUCAUGGGAACACUUACCUCGCUCGCGCGCUCCUGGAUUGCUGUUCGGAGCGGAAUCUCAUGAGUGAACGGCUGGCGCAGAAGCUGGUUCUUCGCCGGCAGAAUGACCCGCUGUCGCUACAAGGUGUUGGUUCCAGUCAAGCAGUUUCGAAGCAGUCUACGUUGGCCAAGAUUCUCUCUCGGUGGACAGACUACUCCAUUGAUUUGAAGUUCCACAUUUUGCCGGAGUUCAAACCCAUUGUUCCGUCGGACUGUGUGCAGACCCAGACCUGGACACACCCAAUACCAUCGUCGUUGUUCCUCGCCGAUCCUCGCUUUUUCGAACCAAACCAAAUAGAUUUGAUCAUCGGCGCUGAAGUUCACUACCGUCUCUUGCUGAAUGGUUUCAUUGAUCUUGGACCGAACCUACCCAUUCUCAAGGAGACCGUCUUUGGUUGGAUCGUGUCUGGCAAGUGCAGCACCUCGUCCAGACCAUCGUCGCUCACUAUGGUCUGUAGCAAUGCCGAUCUGGAGAAACAAGUCGCUCGUUUUUGGGAGUUAGAGUCGUGCCACUCAGAGAGCGUUCUUUCGGUGGAAGAAAAACAGUGUGAGGAGUACUUCGCAAAAACAACAAUUCGGGAUUCUACUGGUCGCUUUGUCGUACGUCUGCCCAAGAAGGAAGCUGUAUUGGAGAAAUUGGGCGAGUCACGUGCGAUAGCUGAGCGUAGAUUCCACUACAUCGAGCGUCGAUUGCAAGGCAAACCCACACUUGGAGAGUCGUACGCAGCAUUCAUCAGGGAAUACGUAGAUCUUGGGCACAUGUCGGUAGUUGAUCCUCGUAACGAUACUCUUCCAGCAAAAGCUAAACCGUACUACAUGCCACACCACUGUAUCGAACGACCGGAGAGCACCACUACCAAACUACGCGUCGUCUUCGAUGCUUCGUGUGCGACUGACACUGGUAUAUCCCUGAACGAUGCGCUCGCAGUUGGACCUGUCGUACAAGACGACUUGUUCAGCCUGAUCUUACGCUUUCGCCUCGAGCCGUUCGUGUUGGUAGCAGACAUCGAAAAGAUGUACAGACAGGUGUUAGUACAUCCCGACGAUCGGCAUCUACAGCGAAUUUUGUAUCGAGCGAGUCCUACCGAACCACUACAGACGUACGAGCUCCGGACUGUAACGUACGGCACUGCAUCCGCACCUUUCCUCGCCACCCGUUGUUUGAAGCAACUUGCUCUGGAAGAAGAGCACAGAUUCCCUGAGGCGGCAAAGGUGUUAGCAAGGGACUUUUACAUGGAUGAUCUACUCUGUGGGGUGGAAACGGCACGAGAAGGGAUCGAACUCAGCCGUCAGCUUAUUGAGCUUCUCGGGUCGGCCGGCUUUAAGUUGUGUAAGUGGGCUUCUAACAGCUCCACAAUCCUUCAAAACAUCCCGGCUGAACUUCGCGAAAACCGCAGUGAGUUCGAACUAGAUUCGUCAUCGGCGCCGAUCAAGACCUUGGGACUGCUGUGGCAACCAGCAGACGACGUGUUCCUGUUCAAGGUUCCAAUUUGGGACGUUCGAGCGCCUAUCACCAAACGUCUGGUCGUAUCAGAUACUGCUCGAUUGUUCGACCCGCAAGGCUUAGUUGGACCGGUUAUCUUGCGCUCUAAGACCUUCGUGCAACAGCUGUGGAAGGCCAAGGUCGCCUGGGACCGUAUUCUGAGCGAAAAGCAGCAGCAGUACUGGAAGGAGUUUCGCACGGAUUUGGACGCUCUCAACACGUUUACGGUUCCACGGUGGGCGGUGCCUGGCUCACAACCUGUCGAAACGCAACUGCACAUCUUCUGUGAUGCGUCGGAACUUGGCUACGGAGCGUGUGCGUACUUGCGCACCGAAUCGGGCAAUGGAACAGUCUCGGUCAACCUACUAACUGCCAAGUCAAGAGUCGUCUCCCUCAGCAAGCAAAUUAAUCUCCCUCGCCUCGAGCUGUGCGGCGCACUACUCGCUGCUCAUUUGUACGAAAAGAUCGCACCCAAUCUCCCACCAAACAUCCGAGUUUUCUUCUGGACGGAUUCAAUGCUAGUCCUCCACUGGCUAGCCGCAUCACCCUCCCGCUGGAAGAAAUUCGUGGCAAAUCGAGUGUCGGAGAUUCAAGAGGUCACUGCUGGACACGUGUGGCUGCACGUACCUGGGGUGGACAACCCUGCUGACGUGAUCUCUCGGGGAAUGACCGCUACCCAGCUCAUCGACUGUAUGCUGUGGUGGCAAGGACCAUCGUGGCUGAGGCAGAGUAGCAGAUUCUGGCCCUGCAUCGUACGGACUUCGGACGACCUUUUCGACAAGGAACAGCUGGAAGAACGACCUGUCGUCGCCCUACCUGCUGUGGCUGAAACGAGCAUUUUCGGUGUCACUUCGUCGCUUUCCGAGCUGAUUCGAAAGGUAGCCUACUACAGAAGGUUUUCCUACAACGCUCGUGAGUGCAACCGAUCGAACCGCAGAGUUGGACCUCUCUCGACUGCGGAACUGAACGAAUCUCUCCUGUGCCUCGCAAAACUUGCCCAACAAGAAUCGUUCCCAAAGGAUUUGCACGCCAUUCGCACCACAGGUCAAGUAGAAUCCACCUCCAAACUCAAGUCGUUGUCACCAAUACUCGUGGAUGGAGUUCUUCGUACGCGUGGUCGUCUUCAACACGCUGAUGUGCCCUACGAUCGCAAACACCCGAUCAUCUUGGACAACAAACACCCUUUCACACUGAUGAUCAUGCGCUACAACCAUCUCAAGUACCUACACGCUGGGCCUCAGUUGUUGAUCGCCGCUGUACGCGCCAUGUUCUGGCCACUUCGCGCUCGUGACCUGGCUCGAAAAGUUGUCCAUGAGUGCGUUGACUGUUUUCGCUGCAAACCUCGCACAUCGGACCAAAUCAUGGGGGAUCUACCAGCUGUGCGGGUCUUGCCGAUCCUGCCGUUUUUGAACUCUGGUGUUGAUUUCUGCGGGCCUUUCUACCUACGACCACCACAUCGCAAGGCCGCUCCACAGAAGUGUUUUGUGGCUGUAUUCGUUUGUAUGGCAACCAAGGCAGUUCAUCUUGAACUUGUUGGCGACCUUUCUGCUGACUCAUUCAUCGCCGCUCUGAAGAGAUUUGCGGCCCGUCGCGGAGUGCCGAAGACGCUGUUUUGCGACAACGGCACAAACUUCGUCGGUGCACGACGCACGCUGAACGAAUUCCUGCGGCUGCUCAAAACUCAGCAAGCACAGGAUCAGGUUGUGCGCAGCUGUUCGGCCGAUGGUAUCCAGUUCCAAUUCAUCCCUCCUCGGACGCCACACUUCGGAGGCAUCUGGGAAGCGGCCGUCAAGUCCCUCAAGAACCAUCUCCGCCGUACUGUCGGCAACGCAAACCUGACUGCUGAGCAGAUGUCCACCUUUCUCGCCCAAGCUGAAGCCUGCUUGAACUCGCGGCCACUUACACCGAUCUCCAACAACCCGGACGAUCUGGACGUCCUAACACCGGGACACUUCCUGGUGCACAGACCGCUGAUCGCCAUACCGGAACCUUCGUAUGAGGAGAUUGCUACGAACCGCCUGUCUCAGUGGCAGAUGAUCCAAGAGUACCUUCGUCGUCUGUGGAAACGCUGGUCCACGGAAUACCUCUCCGGCCUUCAGCAGCGCACUCGGUGGACUCACGAAAGGGACAACAUUCGCAUCGGGACAAUGGUCCUGGUGAAGGAGGACAAUCUUCCGCCGCAGAAGUGGCGCAUUGGCAGAGUCAUCGAGAUCUUCCCCGGCAAGGACGGGCAUGUUCGUGUCGUCAAGCUUCGCACACCGGACGGCGUCUACACGCGUGCCGUCACUCGGCUCUGCGUCCUGCCGAUCGACGACAAUCAGCAGCCGGCUCAGGACUCACAGUAG